AUGCUAUUAACCACUGACUCAGGGAGAGGGACAUCAGGGAUAAACAAAGGAGAAGGUCGGAAAGCAGAAGCUUUUAAGGCAUCCAAGCAUGAGGAGAAUGUUGAUGAGCCUAUUGGUGUUAAAAAUGGCAAAGGUAAUCUUGUUGUUGAUCUAUAUAUCGGAAUGAAGUUCUCUACACAUGAGGAAGGUUAUAAUUUCUACAAUGCAUAUGCCAGACUUAAGGGAUUUGGUUUUCGCAAGAGUCAUACAUUUUGGUCGAGAAAGAAAGAUGCAUCCAAGCAUGAGGAGAAUGUUGAUGAGCCUAUUGGUGUUGAAAAUGGCAAAGGUAAUCAUGUUGUUGAUCUAUAUAUCGGAAUGGAGUUCUCUACAUAUGAGGAAUGUUAUAAUUUCUACAAUGCAUAUGCCAGACUUAAGGGAUUUGGUUUUCACAAGAGUCAUACAUUUUGGUCGAGAAAGAAAGAUGUAAUCAUAUGUAGAACCUUUGUAUGUGACAAAGAAGGCUUUAAAUUUUUAGAAUAUAAAAGAGAAGAUGAUCUGAAUGUAAUUCAAAAGUCCGAUACAAGAUGUGGAUGCAACGUAAGGAUGGUUAUUAGGCUUGAUAGAAGCACUAGAAAAUGGGUGGUGUGA